ACGAGACAGAUGCGGCCGAGGCAGCGACAUCCUACCCAACGAAGCGGCAGCUACCGGAAUCAGAUUCUGCAGAUCACACGCACGGUAACACGUGUCUGUGACAAGGGCGAUGAUUUCUGUAACUAGUAGAACUAGGAUAUCGUGAGCCCAGGGCAAGAACACGAGCAACAAUCGGCCUAGUUCACUGGGGAACGACAGGCGUGGUCAGGCAUAGUUAAAGGCAACCGGACAUGAUUUCUGUGAGAUUGCUUGUGACGAUCAGCAAUCGAUAAAGGUUUGCCAUGGAAGCUUUGUGAUACUUUCUUCAGAGAGGUAUCAGGCUUCGGUAAACGAGGACGUGCCGAGGUUUUGAUACAUUGAUACUUGCGUAGGAGGCUAACCUAUUCUUUGGACUGCUUACUGACCCAUGUCCUUGGUCGCGUCACUUUCAAGUUCACUUACAGUUGUUGAUGGAUUAUUUAGUACGGUUCAAGGAUAGUGGACUAUCAUUCAUUGGAUACUUUUGAACUUCGAUGAUAUCUGGCAUGUUGGAGAAGUUUCGUCAACUUUUAUACUCGAAGGAAUAUGAUUCAGUUGGUUACUGUGGGGGCCAUUUCACCCACGCUACAUGUAAUAGAUGUGCAUUAUACUACGCUUAGUUUGGUACAGCUGGGGAGAUAGUUUGUUUGUUUUUUGUUACAAGUUUGACAAGUUUGAUCGAUAGGAUAGUGGUCGCAUCAAAGCUUCUUAUUAGACCUUAUCGUCGAUAAUACACUCGUAACAAUGGCUGGUCCAGUCACCUACUUUUCGAGUGACUGCCUCCCACCCUUAGAGGCCGAGAUAGUUUCGUACGGGAACGACUCAAAUGGCUCCUGUACGGACUGUAGUGACCCGGACUACGAAUACGACAUGGCAGAAUCCAUGGGGUCAAUACCGCUUGACGAGAUCAUCCCGAGUGGCAUAGUUUACGGAAUAACAUUUCUCGUCGGCGUCCUCGGAAACGGCCUUGUCAUAUUUUCCAUUGUGAGGUUCAGGAGAAUGCAAAAUGUCACGAACAUUUUCCUGACGAGUUUGGCGUCAGCUGAUCUUCUUCUCAUCCUUAUCUGUGUCCCAGUCAAGUUUGCCAAAUUUUUCUCGUUUACCUGGAACUUUGGAGAGUUCUUGUGCAAGGCACUGUACUACCUACAGAACCUCUCCGCUAUCUGCUCCGUGUUGACGCUGACCACCAUGAGUGUUGAAAGGUAUUACGCUAUCCUGCACCCGAUGAAAGCGAAGUACACGUGUACGCCAAGCCGAGCCAGGCGGGUGAUCGUCCUCCUAUGGGUACUGUCGCUUUUGUUGGCAUCGCCAAUCAUAUUGGGACAGCAUCACAGACCAGUUGGUGAAAAUAACCCACUCCUAGAGGACCUCAAGUUAUAUUGGUGUGUCAAGGAAUGGGAGAGCUGUAUUUUAUCAAAACUUUACGAAGUCUACAUGUUACUUCUGGUCUUUAUUAUUCCUCUCUGUAUCAUGUCCAUGGCGUACGCUAGCAUCUGUAGAGAACUGUGGAUCGUCACGACCAAGAGGAUCUCGAUGACAAACGGAACGGCGAAUGACCGAGAGCCAGCUUUCGUCACCAAUGCGUCAUCUAACAAUCAAACAACAGCGAAACCAAUGUUGAAGAGGAACAAAAGUACGGAUGAUGACAGGACGCGAAAGCAGGUCAUCAAAAUGCUUGUAGCUGUCAUCGCAGUCUUUGCGCUGUGCUGGGGACCAUUCCUUAUCGACAAUGUUCUCGUCGGCUUCGGUAAACUGCCCACGCUUCAUAUUGGACCUAUGAAACCCUUACGGAUGCUAUUCGCCCUCCUAACAUAUCUCAAUAGUUGCGUCAAUCCUGUAGUUUACGCCUUCAUGUCGAAGAACUUUCGGGAAAGCUUCAAGUAUGCUUUGUGUACAUGUAUCCACGGACGGGCGUACAUGCGGCGGCAAAGAUACGGGAUCUCACAAACAUCAUUCAGCCAGACUCGGCAAACCUCUCUCAAUAGAGGGAUGUCAGUUCCGAAGACUGAUUCGGCAGAAAUCGACACAGACAGAAGCACGGUGUAUUCGGAAACUUUGUUGGACGACCCGAUGUGACAUUUUGUUCCGUCAAAAAGCGAUUGUGCAGUAAAACAUGCCUUGUUCUGGCUAUACCUUUUCGCGUGCAGGGUGGUGUGACCAGGCAGUUGUAAAUGGUAUUACACCUCCUUUGUGUGACCGUUUCGACUGGUCAAGUGAUAGAUAGAACAUAAUGUACACUUAUUCUUUAUUGUUCCAUGUUGCCGCGGUUACCAGACUGUAACCACAUGAGACAACUCAUAUAUCGCUGGACGAGAUCAGUCCCAAGAAGUCUUGUGGAAUCAAGGGCCUCCUACCGGGAAUCGAUAGGUAUCCUCUUGGGCUCAUACGGACUUCCAGCGGUACUGCCUCCGUAGUCUCUAGCCUGGAAGCUGAGCAAGGUCAAUACAUUGAGGGUCAAUGUUUGGGCUCAGCAUCUACCAAAGUGUGUUCUGAGAGGAGGACGGCCAAUCGGUUUUUAUUUACAUUUGUGUUUAUAAAUGAACAUAGUGUUUUUCGGUAAUUUGAUCUGUGCUGAAAAAAAACCCACAUCUUAGUUCGCGCCGCUAUGAAGCUAGCUAGCUCAUAUAGUUGUAGCUAGUUCUUACCAACUUGUCGGGGCAUUUUGACAGUCUAAGAGCAAUUUCUCUAUUUUGAUAUAUCUUCUGUGGG